AUGUGUAAACUUAAAUACCAGGCUACAGAGUUCCAGUGGGUUCAAGGAGAUGUUUGUGAAGUUCAACUCAUGGUCUACAACCCCAUGCCUUACGAACUUCGUGUGGAGAACAUGAGUGGCACGUCUCUGGCGCUCGACCGUCUGCCCCCUCUCUCCCUCGGAGGUGGUUCGUCGGUGACCCAGAGUGUGACCACUCUGGAGCGUCGUCCGUCAGUGACCAGUGUGGGCUUGUGGUCAGCUCACACGCCUCAGCCGACGUCUAAAGAAGAACUGUCGAGCACCGUUUCCGUCCAGCUUUUCAACGGAGAGAUGCAGCCGCUCACCAUCACCUUGGAGAACAUCGGAUCUGAGGACAUCGAGACUCUGGAGCUCACUUCUAAGACCACCACCACCAAAGAGAAAGUGUUCGGGGAGUUUCUGAGCUGGGAUCUGGACGAGGCGUUGUCUCACCUCCCUCUGAAGUGCGGCCAGGCGUUAACGCUGACAGUCAGAAUCAAAGUGAAACUGGACUUCUCCGGCCAGGAGAGCCUUCUGCAGGACCUCAACGAUGGUGAGUGCACACACACCGGCUUCAUUAAGA